AUGAUAAUCGCCUAUCACAGAGCCGUGAACUGUGCUGGACUGAUGGCAGUGAUCCGAUGGCUACUUGUACGGGAUUUCGAUGUCGUAGCCUUUCUUCCGGUUGUUUACAAUAAUUCACACAACUUCAACGCUGUUCACGUACAUUUGUUAGCGAAAUUGGAGGAACUCGGUCUCGUCACCUUCACUCCCGCUAGGACUGGACGAGGAGAGCGAAAAGCUUUCAUAAACUAUGAUGACCUCUACGUCACAACGCUAGCGGCUCGUCAUGGUGGAUGUGUAUUGAGUGGCGACAAAUUCAAAGAUAUUUUAGCGCAACCAGCAUAUAGCGAGUUCCAUCCUGUCAUCCUCAACAGAACGCUGGACGUCAAGUUUCGAUUUCUACCGCAUGACGUCGUGAAUUAUGGCAACGACGUAUUCUACAAGGCCCUUCCCGAACUGUACAUAUAUGAGGACAUGACAAUUCGAGCAUCGAUGAUAGCGCAGAAGAUAUUCGCAAGCCCUGAUGAUCCGGAAUUUUCGAAAGUGCUACUUCGUCGUGAAUCAUGGAGUGAAAAGCGAAAGGAGGAACGGAUCAGUGCCAUCGAUGACAUGAUAGCCGAGCUAUGCGAACGGAAUGCUAUUCGUCCACUUGCGCUCGAAGAUUUGCCGGGUUAUCAAAUGCAGCCAUACGGUGAUUUUUGGGAGGGAGACGAGAACGUUUUCGGAGAUACCACCCCGUUCAACUUCAGCGAAUUAGGUUCGACGAGUGAUGGAAGGAUCAUGGACGAUCUGUGGACGGACACCGUUCCUCAGACGCCGGAACCGAAUCAAUCUAAUUUUUCGUUGAUAGACUUCUCCGAUGACCUCGUUCCUCUCCCAAGCCUGAACUAUCCACAAGAAACUAUCGAACCGCCGUUAGACCCAUUCGAUUUAGUUCCAACUACAAGUAGUCAAAAUAGUUGGGACAGUUCUCGAUGUAAUGACGGUGACAACAGUCAAAAAUGUUUAAUGGAUGAAGAAAAUGGCCAGCUUAAGAACGCUUACAGUCAGGAAGACGUUCUCAAGGAGAUUGCAGCCCAUAUCGAUACGUUGUUCAUAACCCGAGAUCGCCUUUCACGCAGGGAUCUUGGUCAUGAACAACCAGGCCCCACGACGGAAUUGAUCUCGUUCUCUGAUGAACCUUCCUCGAAUGAGCUCAGACCGAGUGGAGUUUCCACAAGUGGAGAUAAUGGAGUAGAAGAGGCAGAUGGGUUGCAGUCACGGAAUGGUUUUAGUGUUGCAGAAGGUUUCAACGUUGGCUCACAAAGGCCAACAAAUAAUGUAUCUUCAGAAGAAGAAAUUAGCUACAAUCACAAUACUCCUCAUGAUGAAGACGUGGAUCUUAAGAAGGCUGUUAUCGAUUCCGAAAUAGAAACAGUACUAUUGUCGAUCUUUCCGCCUGAUAUCGUUCAUCAAGUGCUUGCCGUUAAUGCAAGCCGGAAUGUCGACUUUCUGGCGGACCAAUGUGCUGAAAUGUGCGUAUGA